AUGCGCCCCACCUCAAUGCGCCCUACCCCAGAGCGCCCUACCCCAAUGCGCCCUACCCCAGUGCGCCCUACCCCAAUGCGCCCUACCCCAAUGCGCCCUACCCCAAUCCGCCAUCCCAAUGCGCUUACCCAGGUUCACGGGCCGCCCGACGCCGAUACCCACGCCGCAUCCCACGCCGAAUCCCUUAUCGGAGGUUACGUCAUGGCUACUCAAUUCACCCCGCCUUCCGCGAAGAACGUUGAUACUGUGAGAGUGCGCGGGCAGCUGCGUGCGACGAGUGUGAUGACAGGCGACAACAGCGACGAGAGCCACAAGAGCGAUGAGGACGACGGGAAGGUGACCGCGGAAUGGACGCCUUUCACUUCCUCCGGGCGCAAGGCCUUUGCUAAACAGGCUCGCAACACCGCGUUUGCUAAACAGGCUCGCAACACCGCGUUUGCUAAACAGGCUCGCAACACGGGCCCGAAUUUGGAAUUCGUUUUGCGCCACCGCCUUAGAACGGACCGAGUCGCGCGCUAUGGAUCGCAUUCUUCGAGAAUUCUAACCCGCGCUUUUCUCUGCCCAUCCGCCUGCGCCGCCCAACGACUCUCCCCCUGCCUUUCCGCCUCCCCCUCCGCGGGUGUCUGGACCAGCAAGCCUUCCGCGCAUUCCCGUGCGCAGCCCCGAGGGGAGGCGUUGCGGCCCCUUGGCGCGCCAAGGGGAGGCGCGGGGCGCAUUGGCGCGCAGCUGGCGGGGCUGCAGUCGCGUGCUGCGCUUUCCCUGGUAGCGCGGGCGGAGGGGGGGGGUGAGGCGGGGGUUGUUGUUGCUCGCGGGAGGAGAUACAGCGGAAUGGCGAAGGAGGGAGAGGAAGAGGGGGAAGAAGAGGGGGACGGGGAAGAGGGGGAUGAAGGAGGGGAAAGGCGGGGAAGGGCCGUUAUGGACGCAGGUGAGGAAGACAAGAUGGAUAAAGGCGGCGGUGGUAGCAGCGAGGGGGAAGAGAGCGGGGGAGGGGAGGAGAAGGGAGGGCGGAAGAAGAGGAGGAGGCGGAGGGAGGGUGAGAAGGAGCGGGCGCGGGAAGGGGCGGAGGCGAGCAGCGGAGAGAGGCUGCGGAGGGGGGUGAGCUAUGCAGAGGCGGAGAGGUGGGUGGGCGGAGGGGCGGAGGCGGAAGGGGCUGAGGCGGGGGGAGAGGCGGAGGCGAAGGGAGAGGCGGAGGCGAGAGGGGGGGCGGAGGGGAGUGGAGGAGGGGGGGAGUGGCCGCACGUGCCGGUGCUGGUUCGGGAGGUGGUGGGGGCGUUUGAGGGGGUGCGGUUGACAACACUGGUGGACGGCACACUGGGGGCUGGCGGUCACACGCUCGCUCUAGCCCGGCAUCAUCCAGAGCUAGAAGCGGUGGUGGGCAUGGACGUGGAUCCCUCAGCACACGCCAUCGCUGCUUCCCGCCUGCAUCCCUUCCUGCGCGUCGCUGUCCCUCCAGGCGCACAGGCAGCCCCUGCAGCCGCACAGGCAGGGAGUCCGCAUGACGCCCAUGCCUAUGGCCAGGCAGAGGCGCAAGCAGAGGAGCGCGGGCAGCUUGAGACGCACGGGCAAACCACGCUGCGAGUGGUAGAGACACCGGCAGCGACAUUGCGCGUGGCGGAGGAGAGUGGGCCCCAAGCGACGCUGCAUGUGGUGGAGGGGAAUUUUCGGCGGAUGGUGGAGGCGUGUGCGGGUGUGGGGGUGGGGCGUGGCAGUGUGGACGGCAUUCUGCUGGACGUGGGGGUCUCCUCCAUGCAGGUGAAGGCUGGUUGGGUGCAGAUCGACAGGGCAGAGAGAGGCUUCAGCUUUCUGAGGGAUGGGCCUCUGGACAUGCGCAUGGACCCCACGGUGAGCCAUGGCAUGCGCAUGGACCCCACGGUGAGCCAUGGCAUGCGCAUGGACCCCACGGUGAGCCAUGGCAUGCGCAUGGACCCCACGGUGAGCCAUGGCAUGCGCAUGGACCCCACGGUGAGCCAUGGCAUGCGCAUGGACCCCACGGUGAGCCAUGGCAUGCGCAUGGACCCCACGGUGAGCCAUGGCAUGCGCAUGGACCCCACGGUGAGCCAUGGCAUGCGCAUGGACCCCACGGUGAGCCAUGGCAUGCGCAUGGACCCCACGGUGAGCCAUGGCAUGCGCAUGGACCCCACGGUGAGCCAUGGCAUGCGCAUGGACCCCACGGUGAGCCAUGGCAUGCGCAUGGACCCCACGGUGAGCCAUGGCAUGCGCAUGGACCCCACGGUGAGCCAUGGCAUGCGCAUGGACCCCACGGUGAGCCAUGGCAUGCGCAUGGACCCCCAGGUGAGGCAUGGCAUGGCAUGCCUGCAUGCGCGCAUGGACCCCCAGGUGAGCCAUGGCUUGGCAUGCAUGCUCGCUGGAAUGUCUCAAGAUCGGUAUGUAUUUGCGCAUGGAUCUUGA